AGGGUCGGGGUGAAGGAGCACCAUGAAACCAGCACUCGAGACCACCGACGAGGGCGAAGAGGAUGGCGAAGGGCAGGAUCAUCACGAGGGGGAUCCCCGGCCGCUGCCCUACGACUUCGAAAAGGAGCUGAUCCAAAAAUCCAAUCGAUACAUUCGACUCUACGAAUCCUUUGUUCCUGUGAGCCAAGUCCAUCCACUGACCCGAAAGUUCUACGCCCAGUACGAGCAACGUCAGCCUCCAGAUCCGUUGGCAUACCUGCGCCACACCUGGCCGGAGAAGCAGCUGGAGCGCCAGAAGCAGCUGGCGAAGGCUGUUCCUCUCCUGGAGUCCCAGGUUUACGGGUGGCUGCCGCUUCAAAGUGGCGAGCGCGCUGCAAAUCUCAACUUUUUACAUGCCCCAAAAUUGCGCUGUGGCAUGACUGUUCAUGGGGAGCGAUUGAUUGCCGAGAGGAUUACGGCGCGACCUCCUUUCAACGGACUUAGAUUCCUGCUCCACUAAUAUACCGUGGGAUAAUUAUUCAGU